UAAAAUUAGGGUUAGCUGUGAGUCGCCUUCUCCUAACAAUACCUUAUCUUCCUCCUAACGCUGUUUGUUAGUUUCUCGUCGUAGUUCCCGAAUUUUCUCUCGCUUUCUCAUCUAUUUUCUCUAUAUAGUUUUUGUAUUUCUUUUCGAUCCUGCUUUCGAUCAUGGAGAUGGAGCGCGUGAUCGAGUUUCCCCUAACGCAUCUGGAUCGGCGACCCAGGAAGAGGGCUCGUUUGGGCUGGGACGUGCCGCAGGUUCCUAAGGCUCAGCUAGGAAUAUUUUGUGGACAAGAUUUUGGGAAUGUAGCAAGCUUUGCAUCUUCUGGAGCAACCUCAGAUCAUACUACCUCUAGUUCUCUAUUUGUAAAGGGAGUUGCUCGAAAUGGUUCCCCCCCCUGGCGGGAAGAUGACAAGGAUGGCCAUUACAUGUUUGCGCUUGGAGAAAAUUUAACAUCUCGCUAUAAGAUACACAGCAAGAUGGGUGAAGGAACUUUUGGUCAGGUUUUAGAAUGCUGGGAUAGAGAAAGAAAGGAGAUGGUUGCAAUCAAAAUUGUCCGCGGGAUUAAGAAGUAUCGUGAAGCUGCUAUGAUAGAGAUCGAUGUCCUGCAACAGCUUGGUAAACAUGAUAAAGGUGGCAAUCGUUGUGUGCAAAUAAGGAACUGGUUUGACUAUCGUAACCAUAUCUGUAUUGUCUUUGAGAAGCUUGGACCAAGCUUAUACGAUUUUCUUCGCAAAAACAAUUAUCGCUCAUUUCCCAUUGAUCUUGUCCGUGAGAUUGGAAGACAACUAUUGGAAUGUGUAGCAUUUAUGCAUGACUUGCGACUGAUUCAUACUGAUUUGAAGCCUGAGAACAUUCUUCUAGUUUCUUCUGACUAUGUUAAGGUCCCUGAUUACAAGGGUUCAUCUCGAUCACCCAAAGACAGUUCUAACUUUAAAAGAAUCCCAAAGUCAAGUGCUAUUAAAGUGAUCGACUUUGGUAGCACUACUUAUGAACGCCAAGAUCAGAACUACAUUGUGUCAACACGACAUUACCGAGCACCAGAAGUUAUUCUUGGACUUGGGUGGAGUUAUCCUUGUGAUAUCUGGAGUGUUGGUUGCAUUUUGGUGGAAUUAUGCACGGGUGAGGCACUAUUUCAAACACACGAAAAUUUAGAGCACCUUGCGAUGAUGGAUCGAGUGCUUGGGCCUCUUCCUCAGCAUAUGCUCAAGAGAGUCGAUCGACAUGCUGAGAAAUAUGUUAGAAGGGGUAGAUUGGACUGGCCUGAAGGUGCUACUUCUAGAGAUAGCAUUAAAGCUGUUUUGAAGCUACCUCGUCUGCAGAAUCUAAUAAUGCAACAUGUAGAUCAUUCAGCUGGAGAUAUCAUACAUCUCUUGCAAGGACUGCUUAGAUAUGAUCCUUCAGAUAGACUAACAGCUCGUGAAGCACUAAGGCAUCCCUUCUUUAACAGGGACAAUCUGAGGAGGUGAUUGGUUAUAUGAAGCAGCCAGCUUAAUCAAGGGAAAGAAGGCUUCAGCGGAACGUUAGGGGGUUGGACAACUAGGCUAGGCCAUGUUGGUAAUAUUGUUGAUAGACGAUUGAUUGCCUGACUGUUGUCCCAACCGUUGGGAAGUUGGCGGAUGUAUAUAAUUUUCCUAGAUGCCGCUCCCAUCCCCUGUUAAACCUGCUAACCCUUGCUUACUUGUAUAUCUAAAAAUUCACUGAUCUAAAUUCAGAAGUUAUUGAUUAGCAUUUUUCUGGAGUAUGGUACAUGUAUGGUUUUAAGUGCCC